AUGCCGCCACCCAAACAAAUGACCGCAAAUCCUACGAGACCCUCCCGUCACCGUGCCGGGAAGAUACUCGCGCAAGACUCAUCGUCCGAUGGAUCAGAGGAGGGUGAAGAAGAUAUUGAAGAGGAGAGUCAGGUCCCCACCGAACGUCCAACGUCACCAAAGCCUCCCCUGAAAUCCGCCGGUACCCUCAAACCCCUCGGUCAGCAGAGCAACGUCGCACUUGCUCCUCCAAAACCUCAAAUCGAUGAGUCGGAAUUUGUCACAGAGAGUGAAGGGUCGGAAAAUGGAUCCGCAGGAGCUUCAGGGAGCGAAAGCGAGGAGGAAUCAGAGGCCGAGGUUUCGGAAGAAGAGGAGGAGACGCAGCCACAACUUCUACGACCGGUUUUCAUGAGCAAAGCGAAGCGGGCUUGCGGAGUCCAGACAAAAAGCGCGGAAGAGAUACAGGCGGAGGAAGAUGCUCGUCGGCGGCAGAAGGCAGACGAACUGGUUCAGGAGCAGAUUGAGAAACACGCGGCUGCUCGGGCGGCGGGGAAGAAGAACUGGGAUGACGACGAGGUGGAGGAUGCGGAGGAGAUCGACGACACCGAUUAUCUCGACGCCGCGUCACUGGAGGCCGAAUAUGCGAAAUGGGAGCUACGGGAGUUACAGCGGAUCAAGCGGGAGCGCGACGUGCUGGUCGCUGCGGAGAGAGAGCGGGAAGAGGUGGAGCGAAGGCGGAAUAUGGAUCCGUCCGAGAGAGAGCGCGAAGAUCGAGAGUACAUUGAGGGGCAGAAAGCGGAACGGGAAGGAAAGGGCAAGAUGGCGCACAUGCAGAAAUACUUCCACAAAGGAGCGUUUUUCGCGGAUGACUCCAAGCAGGCGGGACUUGCGGAUCGCGACAUCAUGGGAGGACGCUAUGAGGACGACGUACUGGAUCGCGAGGCGUUGCCCGAGUACAUGCAGAUCAGAGAUCAGACGAGACUCGGCAAGAAGGGGAGAACGAGAUAUCGCGAUAUGAAAACAGAGGACACCGGCCGAUUCGGGGAUUACAAUAGAGACCGUCCUAGCUGGCAAGGCGGUGACCGAAGACAUCAGGACAAGGACGUCGACGAACGCUUCCUUCCGGACAAUGACCGCCACGGGCUAGCACCAUCCGGGGCGAAUGCAAGUUCGCUGGGCGAACGGAAGAGACCUAAGGACGAGGACGACCGGGGAGGAAAGCGAGCAAGGGUUCAGUGA